AUUUUGUUUUUGUUGUUUUUGACGUCUUUGGCAAGAUGGGAGAAUGAAAGGAAAGUAGAGAGCGGUCAACAAGAUCCACUCUGAUGGCGCUUAGGCUACAAAGAACAAUCUUUCUAACCCUGUGCGCCGCAACCCUGCUGACGAUGCUGUAUGUCAGCCUGUCACGUGACGCUAUCGUCGUAGUUCAGCCAGGUUCAGUGGAUGUCCAGGAUCAACUACGCAGCCCUAAUCGGUGUCUGACAUUGGGUACUCACUCCUGGAAUUAUAAUGUAGCAUACGGGCGGCCAGGGCUGCUGAUAAACCCUUCAAACGGCUCUGACGUGUUGAGAGGGAGCACCACAGACAUCGUCAACAGGAUCUACAACAACAUGUGUCAUGGUCACCAGACCCUGCCUAACGUACAAUUCACUUUCCCAGACAUACUGCUGAUUGUCGACUUUAACUAUCCUUCACACUACAAUGUCAUUCCAUACCUUGAACUUCUGUACAGGAGAUAUUUUCCUAAUAUUCUCUAUUGCGGUCUCCAACCUGAAACUCUAAAGAAACAGAUUGUGGCUGAGAAACUGGGGUUCCCUAUCUACUAUUUGCAUGCUCUGAGGGACAUCUGGCAAACAAAGUACGAGUGUAUUCAGCAUGCCAUGAAAAUGUGCGACAACUUCACCGGCUACCUGCUGAUCGGCGACGACACUCUCAUCAACAUGACGAACUUUGAAAGAACUCCGAAAUAUAAAGCGAUGGUGGGUGAUGAGUUUGUCAGAAUCGGACAACACGUGAACACCACUCAGUUCAAGCAGUUGUGGCCGUGGUGGGGUGUGGAAGGCGGGAGGAGUGCCAUGCUGGGUGUGCUUAACGAGCUCGCCUUUAAAGCGAACCGUCACAAUGACCACCUUGCACAAGAAUUCCUUAGAAAUUAUUAUUCCUUUGUCGACCACAGCAACAUCUUUUACUUUAUGCCGAUCGACUUCCUGUACGUCCCCAAACGGCUGUCCUCCAUUUUCCUCUACAUGACGUCAUUGUUUCUGAAAUACAAGGACAACGUGGAACUGGCGAUUCCGUUUUUUGUGUGUGGCCUGGAACACCCAGAGGACGUGCACUUUGUUAGAAUGUGCAGAGUAAAAGGCGAGGACAGAGAUAAAUCGCAGACACGUUUUGAGAAGGACCUCGUGUACCUGCACCCUUUUAAGUACCAUGCCAAUUUUAACAAUACACCUCAAGGGAAGGACUUUAUCUGUCAGAACUAUUUACGAAGUGAUUAACUAUCGGUAUGUAUGAACAUUGCUUGGUUAUCAUCUGUGAAAAAACGAGUACUCAACAUCUAAGUCUCUCACCUCUGGUGCUCGUCAAAUUUUAUCAUUACAGUUUAUGUUUUUUCCUUUAUUACCUAAUGUCACGGAAGCAUCCGGUGUGAAAAUUUACCUUUGAGACUGAGUUGCACGUUGAUAUGGAGAUAGUUGCUCAUAGGGUGUAUAGAAAAAAGCAGAAAUUUUCGCCCACAGAAAUUAAAAAAAGGGAAAAGCAGAGAUAUUUUUUGGGAACACUGUUGCAGAUAUUCCUUAUUACUGUGUGCACGUGACUAACAACAUAUUGUGUCGCCGGUCAAAGCUACAAUACUGUGGCUUGAAAAUUUGAAUUUGAAGUACUAAUCUUAAUCGAGAUAACUUAAAAUGUCCAGGCAGUUACCCUGUGUUGUUAGAAAAAAAUAUAUAUUUAGUAUAGUAGAUGGGCAAACAAUAAAAUCUUUUUAUGCA